GAUUUGUAACACUCGCGAGAUGCUUCUCCUCGUUCGGAGGGAUGAUUCAGAGAUUAACGCGAAGUCGCAGGAGCAUAAGGCAAGGACGAUAGAAUGAGGGAGUGAGGGGGAGGGAUGGCUUAAAAGCACGCUGCGGAAUCGAAAUGUAGAGGGGAGGCCAGGUAUCCUGGAAGUUCCCCGGGAGCUAGUUUCCAAGCUACGAUUCUCCGGGAACGACGAUCGACAGAGUUUCCACAGUGUUUAUUAACCGCGAGACCAGCGAAUCGUAGACUCGAACGCGACGCCUCGGGGCGUUCGCACGAAUACCCAACUGUCCAGAAUUAUGGCCACGAAGAUUAGGAACGAGCCCCGGACCGACAUAGAACCCGCCUUGGAAAUCCGUGCUGGGGAGAUCGUUGGAGCUUCGGUGUCCAAGAUCACGACGCCUAACGUCGGAGUCGGGCCCCGUAAACUCACUGAGCUGAAUUCUAGCAUUGUCAUGGUGAUCGCGGCGAUAAUGGCCGGCGGAUUUGCUGGAAUAUCGAUGGACACCUUACUCGAUGGAUUUCCUGGGAACGUCCGAAUAUAUAUGUACGAAGUCCAGACGAUGGAAAACAUUUGGCAUUUGCAACUGGCGGAGAAAUCGAGGAUGAAAUUAGAAGGAUCGUGGAAUGGAGAUGCGCGUUCGUCCAAGACGAGCGUACACACGGCUUUGAUUUUUCGACCAGCGUACGUGAACACAACGACGAGCGAGUGGACUCUUCUCGUGCUAUUUUCUGCCGUGGAAUAUCGCGCGGAGGCACAUGACGACAACUUUUGAUGGAAUUCGUGGGCUGGAUGCGAAGCAGACUGCCUCAAAGAACCUGAGAAUCGAGUAAGUACUCUCUCAUUUACAUUCUUGCGUUUUAUCCGAGUGCGAAUUUACAAGCCCGUAGGUACUCGUGGAUAUUCCAACAGCGUUGGUUCAGUUCUGCGAUUUUAAUGCAAUACUUGGAAAGAUGAGUUUAUUAAAGAG